GAGAGUCCCGCGGCAACCGGAGGAUUACUGGAGGAGACACGCUCGCCUCUUCAGGAGGAUGAAGGAACCAAGAUUUUGAUGUCACAUUCCCGACGUUUCCUCCGACAACCAGCCCGCCAGAGAUCAUUUUCUUCAUUCCCUGCUGCCUCCCGUGGCGGGAUCCGGCUGUUUUGCUUGGAUAUGGAAAGAGGGAUCUGAUCUGAGGUCAACCCUUCCUCCUGGCCCCCCCUCCCCACGGAGUCACAUGUCAGGGUGAGACUCUUCUCAGAGCGACCUACAUUCUCCCCGAGGAGACUGGAUCAUCAGAGCAGCUUCAAGGAAGAGAGUCAGCGAAAGUUUUUCCCGGCGAAGGUGGUGUUGGAUUCUGGAGUUUUCUUCCUGGAAAUGCCGGCAAAGACCCCCAUUUAUCUGAAAACCACGACCCCCAAAAAGGGAAAGAAGCUGAAGCUGCGGGACAUCCUCUCAGGUGACAUGAUCAGCCCCCCCCUGGGUGACGUGCGACACAGUGCUCACGUGGGUCCUGAAGGAGAGGGUGACAUGUUUGGGGACGUGGGCUUCCUGCAGGGGAAGAUGGACAUGCUGCCCUCCUUGGCUCGGGUACAGAACGGACAUGGGCGCUCGCUCAGUGUAGAGGGACCUGCCGGCGGCUACUCUCCCCAAAACAACUCCAACGGCUUCCACUACCGGAACAAGACCACCAUGUCACUGCCGGUGUUCAUCGCCCACGAGCAGGCCCCGCCCAAGCCCCCCCGCCUGCACCUGGACAACCCCUCACCAGCCCGUCUGGCAGCUCAGAAAAGGCACCCCCAGGGGGCGGAGGUGAGCCACAAAGCUCAGGUCAACGGCCACGUGGACCACCAGCAGCACCCCACCCUGUCGUUGUGCGAGAAUGGUGUCGUGGGUCGCCUGGCGUCUGAGCCCUGCCGCGACAUCUCCCUCUCCCCAGCCGUCGGCAGGCUAGUCCCGUCGUCGGGCUCCUUCUCCGAAGUGUCCUCGGAGGACUCGCUCUCUGAGACCUGCGGCCCUCUGGAUGUUCACCCGGGCCUCAGCCUGGAUUCAGAUGCCGGCCUCAGCAACGAGGACCUGAGGAGUGAGCGCUGUGACUCCCCCUGUGCCCCCUUUCUCCUCACAGCCCCCUCCAGCGUGUCCCGCUCGGACUCUAUGGCGGGGCUGAACCUGGACCUGGGACCGUCCAUUCUGGAGGACGUGCUCAGCAUCAUGGACCGCUACAAGAAGGUGGACAACCGCUGUGAGCUGUGAACCAAACUUCCUGUGGAGGUCCCCCUGUUAGAGACAGUCUCUAGAACACCACGACCUGCUUGAGGUGACAUGCUGGAAUCGAGCGAGGAACUGAGACUCUGCAUCACCCAUCUCAGAACUUUGUGGAGAACUAGGGAGUCUGAAACAACAAACUAAGAGACUAACUGGAUGCAAGACGACGUUCUCACAAGUGAACUUUGAGUUUGGAUUUCCUACUGACUCGUGAUUCCUCAGAGAGACGAUGACGAUUGUUGAGCUCGGGAACACUAGAGCUCAGCACAUCGUAGGAAGCCGCAGCUGGAGGUCUUUAUAUGGUUCCAUGCUUUGUUAUUUGACACCUUUGAUUGUGAUGAAAUAUUCAACAUAUAUACUGUCCAGCAGCUUCUCACCUCUUGGAGUCGCUCGGCUGCUGACUUAAGGCUGGUUCGUCCAGUUCCUGAGCCGGUCUCUAGAAUCAACCACAGUUUGGAGACAAGUUAUUGCCCCAAAUCAAAACAACCUUCAAGAUUUCAUUUGAGCUAAAUAUUCUUUUGUCAGUCAGUUUAAAAUACAGGAGGUUUUCGACCAGCAGGGGCCAGGCUUGACAAUAUGAUGAUUCAGAAAUGUGAUAAUUAAAGUGGACUUGGGUUAAAGUGACACGGAGCUCCCUGUGAAGCUGCCACAGACGUCACGUUGGGGGAUUCCACUGGGUGCUGUUGUUUGGAGAUAAUGAAAGACUGAAGGUGAGAAGAGGUGGGUUUAGGUUUCCAUGGCGACGGCACGUCCACGCGCACCUGCACGGGCUGUGACUGAGUUUUGUUUCUGUUGAAUUUGAAGGUCAUUUGUGGCGACAGCUGAGUGUGGAUGAAGUUUCCUGGGAGGAGAAAUGUACAGAGGAAAUAGCUUCCAUAACACUUUUAAUAUAUUUGCUACAGCAAAUCAUUACUGCUACACUAAGUUCAGUUGUAUUAAAGAAGUAAAAUAUAUUUUCUAUCAUCUACUUUUGAUUCUUUGUUUACGCCAACAUGAAUAUUGUGUUCAUUUGUGUGAGUUAGGUGAUUCAAAAUCACGGCUCUGUGAGGUGCACUCAGCCUCUCUCCAGAUCAUCCCUGUCUGGCUCGUAAAUGUUUCAAUAAAAACCUUC